AUGGCCGCGGCCGCCACCCCUUCGCCGGAGACGGCGCUCCUACCAGCGGUCGGACCCGGGUACGAGGACGAAGACGAGGAGGAGUGCCGCAUCUGCCGCCUCCCCGCCGACGCGGACCGGCCCCUGCGCCGCCCCUGCGGCUGCCGCGGCAGCAUGAGGUUCGUCCACGACGACUGCCAGCUCCAAUGGAUCGCCCGCCGCCGCAAACUCCCCCGCUGCGAGGUGUGCAGACGCCGCAUCUCCAUCCGGCCUCUCUACGCCGCGGACGCCCCCGAGAGGCUGCCCGUUUCCGAGCUCAUGGCGGGUCUGCCCAGCAAGCUCAUCGGGCUGCUGCUCCCCCUCUUCUUCGCCAUCUGCGUUGUCUGGGAGUUUGUCGUUCCGCUGACCACCUGCUGGGCAUGGCGCCUCGCACUCGCCACCGACUUUGCCCGAGCGCACCAUCUGCUCUCCCUGCGCCUAUCCGUGGCCUCAUGGACCUGCAUCCCUGCUUCAGUUGCGCUCUGCGUGGAGCUUGCACGCUUGGUUGCGCCAUUUUCUGUAGCUCCAUUUGCGUGCUGGGUUGCGCGCCUGGUAGCUCAGAUUCAGAGUCAGGAGCCUGGGUUAUAUGAGGCAUUGCAAGUCCUUUCGAUAUUUGCUGUUGAAGUUUCCUUGGUGGUGUUAAUAGUUGACAUGGCCCUUGCUUGUAUUCUUUGUUUUCUCCCAUUCUCUCUGGGAAGGAUAAUCCUAUGGUCAAGAUCAUGUCUCAAUGUUGGCAAUGUGGAUGAAAUCAAUUGUUACACUUCAACGGCUUCUACCCUUCUAAUUGGAUAUGGAUUUAUCUUUAAGGUGGGUGCAACUCUUGCUGGGUUGCAUACGUUUUAUCUCUACUUGAGGGGCAAGCGCCUUGUGAUUGCAAUUUUCUAUAGAAGUCUGCAUCCUAUAUUCUUCAGAGGGAUCGUAAAUUCAACCACUGUUGCAAAUGUUUCUCUUAAUAUCCUAAACAAUGUGAUAGUGUUCCCGUUGUUCUUCGGCUGGUCGCUUGGUAUCUGCACUUCCAAAUUGUUUGGUGCAACAAUGUCUCAGAGGUUCAAAUUCCUGAUUGCUUCAUCUUUUGCUUCUGCUGCCCUUCAUUGGCUUAUGGGAUUCUCCUUUUUGAAUCUACGUCGCAGAAUAUCCCGAUUUCUUCACAAGAUAUUGGGGUCAGGAGUGGCCACUCCCUUUCUCGACCGUAAUGUUUCCGAACUAUUCUACACAUUUUAUCUGAAGUGGCUUGUUGAUCUUUUUAUCGACACUAUCUUUAUUGCUCUGGUCAUUUCUGUUCCUAUCAAAAUUGUUGAUCUAUUGGCACCAUCGGUGUUCCCUCUAGAAAUCCCAUACUUCGAUCAUCCUGCUAAGGGCACAUCAGUUUGGCAAGGGCCACUAAACUUUACAGAGUCACUUUCUGGUGUUAUUCAUAUGAGGUAUCUCAUUGGUAAAGUAGUUGUAUACCUUGAGCCCCUAGUGGAGAGGGUAAUGGGGUAUUGGUUUGUUACUACUGGACAGCCUCUUGGGAACAAUGUUGCGCCAAAAGACCAGUAUGGUAGCAGCGAUGAUGCUAAGGACGACUGGAGACUUGCUGCUGUUCGAACAGUGUCGCAAGCGGUCCUAGCAUGGUUGGCUGCUGUGAUAUUCAAUUCUGCCGUGCUUUUGCUUCCAGUCUCAGUUGGGCGUGCAUUGCUGUUUGCCACCCCUCAGCUGCUAGUAGCAGAUGGACUGAAGUCCAACGAUCUGUUUGCUGUUGCAGUUGGACUCUGCAUCAUAUCGACCAUUAUUGCUGCCUGUAGAGAUUUAUCUGCCCGCCUGAUUUCGGGGGAGACAUGCCUUCUAGCUUUGCAGAGGCACCUGCUUCUCUGCAUAUGGAGCGUCGUCGUUCCGCUCCUGACCGGUUUGCUGGUUGAGCUAUCACUGAUAUCGCCCUUCUUCAUCGCGCGUGACGAUGAAUUCCCAGCCACAAGCUUUUUCCGCACUUGGCUCCUGGGGAGGAUCUUUAAGCAAUUAUGGAUCAAGUGCUUGGUGGACAAAAGGUGGAAGGCGAAACUUGACCGGGCGAAGGAGGAUCUCUCCGCGGGACUCGGGCCGAUGUGGUGGUUCUUUCAGGACGUGUGCGUGCCCGUCGUUGCUACGCUGCUCGCCGCCCUGGGUGUCCCCUACGUGCUCGCCAGGGGCGUCUUCCCGGGGCUGGGCUACCCCGCCGCCGUGAACUUGACGGUCUACCGCUUUGCGUGGUCGGGCGGGCUCGGCGUCUGCGCGCUCUGCUGGCUGGCCAAGGGUAUCUGUGUCAUGCUCCAUGAUUCUAUCAAGGAGGAUCGCUACGCCGUCGGCCGGAGGCUGGAAGACGUUGGUGAUGGGAGCUGA